UCAUAAACGGCACACGCCAUUUUGGAUUUUGUGCGCUUCCUGGGAGCAUGCAGCACCACAAUCCGAUGCCCGUUGUGUCCUCCAGACACAGCGGAACACCGAUCCCUGUACAGGACCUCUGUCGAGGUCCCGAUCAUGUGAUCACUGAUUGGCCAAUCAGUGAUCACAUGCAGAGUAGUAAGCAAGAUGUCACUUCUGACAUCAUUGCUUACUACGUGUGAAAUCUGUGAAUGAUCACAGGGAUCACAUGGUACAGGGCUAUUCACAACAGCCUUGUACCAUGUGACAAGAUGUGACCAAUCACAGCUCAC